AUGUGUUUGGCUGAUAGAGAAAUAGAAAGUUUAGCCGAUGUAUUACAACUAGCAGAGUCAUUAGAACAAAACAAUACACUGAUUGGAUUAGACCUUUCACAAAACACCAUGACCUAUCUAGGUCGUUCUUAUUUUAAAAAUGCUCUAGUAGAGAGUCAAACUUUAAUACAAUUAAAAUAUGAUGCCAGCUAUGGCCCAAUUCGUGAGUUGCAACAACCUCUAGCUCUAAGCAAAAUAAUUGAUCAAAUGCAGGCAUGUACUCGAUUAGAUUUGAGUGAUGGUAGAAUCAAUUCAAAUGAUAUUCAAUUAUUUGCUACGGUAUUGAAAACUAAUUCGACAUUAACCGAAUUAGAUCUUCAGAAUAGUAACAUUAAUACUGAACGUACAAAAUACUUAGCUGAAGCAUUAAAAGAAAAUAAAACACUCGUUACGGUAAAUCUCAUAGCUAAUACAAUUGGUGAAGAAGGAAAAUAUCAUUUGAUGCGUAAUAUUAUUCAUAAUACGGCAUAG